UCUUUAAUGACAAGCUUUACUGUUAGCAGUAAUUUUGAUAAAUAUUGCAUGCAACGUUUCCUUGCAUUCACUUGAUAAACGCUUCAAAGGAAAAUAAAGAUCAGAACAACACCAGCAAAGUAUCAACAUUUAAAAUGAAACGAUUCGUUGCCUUCGUAGUUUAGUAAAAAGCUCAUCAGUUGUAUUGCAAAACGAUAAAUGGAAAAAGUGCGGGAAACCAAGACACCUGACGCCAAGGGGUGUGUUCUAAAAUGAGGCGAUGGGUGUGGCUACUGAUUUAAAGACUUUGAAUGGCUCUUUAAGGUGUCCGCUUAUUCAAUGAAAUCGAUUAUCGUUCGUGGGCGUACCGAGACACGCAAUCAGAAUGUGAGAUCAUGCUCUUUGUUAAUUUGCAUGGGCAGAUAAUAAAUACUGGAAGUCUAACACCUUUUCAUUCAUUCGUGACUUCUGAGUAAAUCAUGCCUGAACCAGCGAAGUCAGCGCCCAAGAAAGGCUCAAAGAAAGCCGUUGUUAAGACCGCCGUAAAGGGAGGAAAGAAGCGAAGAAAGUCCAGGAAGGAGAGCUACGCCAUCUACGUGUACAAAGUCCUUAAGCAGGUUCAUCCCGACACCGGCAUUUCUUCUAAGGCCAUGGGCAUCAUGAACUCUUUCGUCAACGACAUCUUUGAGCGCAUCGCCGGUGAGUCUUCUCGUCUCGCUCACUACAACAAGCGCUCCACCAUCACAUCCAGAGAGAUCCAGACCGCCGUUCGUCUCCUGCUGCCCGGUGAGCUGGCCAAGCACGCCGUAUCUGAGGGAACUAAGGCCGUCACAAAGUACACCAGCUCCAAGUAAACUCCCGCUUGUAGCUCUUAACACCCCAAAGGCUCUUUUAAGAGCCGCCCACUCUCUCGGUAAAGCGCUUCCAUUAAAGUGAAACCUGGUCGCCAACGUCACGUUUUCAGCUGGGGGCGCUAAAGGCCUAAAUCAGCUAUGAGCGAAUGCAUGUCGAGUUGUUUCUGUCGUUGGUGUCCGAACGGAGCAUUUUUUUGAAAAGUCACAGCGACUACAAAAAAACAAGAUGACAUAAGUUCUGUUGCAACACGUGUCACGGUUCCCCGUUUCUCGUGUUUUUACCUUGGACUUCAUUCCCCACAAUCCCUCAUGCUCACCCACCUGUGUCUUAUCUCUAAUCACGCACCUGACAGCCAUCAGUCUCAUCAUCCAAUGACCAUUUCGUUCCGUUGUUCUGUGUCCGCUAUUGUAUAUCCAACGCCUUACCCAAUAUUGUCUUUUUCUCUUCCUUUACUCAUCUUUGCAAAAAAACGAUAAACUCAUUACGCUGCUGCUGGAGAAAUCCAUUUUUUGUUCUGCUGUUGAAAGCACGAAGGCUGAAUAGCGUUUGAGCGCCACCUAACGUUUAGGCGUGAAAUGUAUUCUCCAUCAGCGCCAUGUACCGUGCGGGCGUCAAAUAGAAGAAAGCUAAAUUCGUUUCAUCGUUGAUUUGAAAUUUUGGUUAGUCGGGUAUUCGUUUCGCUUUUUUUUUCCUUUUCAGUGUAGCGCUUCACCGCAGGUCAACUGCUUUUUUACCUUCUCACGUGAUUGGUGUCUUAUUUUUGAUGGUUAUAAGUCGUGUUAAAUUGCUGUGUUUAUUAAAUAUUUAUUUAUUUACCACGGGGCUGUUUAAUGCUUCAAACUGAUUGGUUGACAAACGUUUUACACCUAUUAAGGUGUUCCAGGUCUGCUGUUCCAGUUCCGUUCUCUAAGGUCAGACAACAGAAAUGUUAUAGUGUAGCCAUCACUGCACACAGCACCCUGCUCAUGAUCUGACGUUUAUAAUGUCAAACUUUAUCUCAAAAGCGGCCCUGCAACGGUGUUUCGUGCAUUCUGACUUCUUUACAAUAUUAAACUUGCUGUCUUCUCAUGCUUAACAUGGUAAACUUGUCAAAAAACGAGUUGGGCGUAUUACAUAGUAUUUCGGUGCUCGAUACACUCCCCCAGCGAUCGUAAAGGUUUUCAAAAAUUUUUUUUAACAUAGAAAUCUGUUUUGAAAAUUUUUUCUUAGUCCCUUAUUAGACAAUUCUCCCGGAAAAGCAGAAUGGCACGGCCACAUGGCAGUAAAGAGAGCAGUGGAAGGAGCAUGCGCAUACUUCACUUUCACUUGUAAGCAGGAGAGAGAUCAUACGAUCGCGAAGUUCAAGUAUUUGUUUGUUCAAUUUAUUUGGGUGAUGAAUGUUAUAUAAACUGUGGACAUAACGCUGGAUUUGGAGAUCGUUCGAAACUGAUAUAUGGGGCCGUCCCAGCGCUUGAACCGCAUGCAGUGAGUGAAACUGAUGUCUAUGUUUUGUUGACAAUGGGUGCGCACGUGCUUUGGUUCAGCCUACCCCUCCCCCCGCACGCGCCGUAUGUUUUCGGAAAUGAGAAAAUUUGUGUUUUUGGAUUCCGAACAGCUGAUUUGAGUUAAUUCAAUUUAUUCUGGGCAGACUUACCUUGCGUUAAGCGCUUUCACUACGACUAUAAAAAGCCAUCAUCAGUGGAGCCCCGAUAUUACGAUUCACCAUUGCAAACGGCUCCAAAAAAAGCAAUCUGGCGGCAGAAGCGCUUGACAGCGAGGGAGAAGGGUCUGGCUCAACUUCCACACUCAGACUUGCACUCUCAGAUUUGCACACUCAGACACCUUUGCUUCCUGAGACAUCACUUGCAGUCGACACCCGCACUCUUCAGGUGGCUUGACUUUUGCACGCGUAGCACAAGCACAUGUUGGAUUGAGAACACCUUUCAGUUAUGGAACGCGAAAGGGGACAUUUUUUAUAACACGAAACGCGUGAAAUUUGGAUGCGUCAUCGUGACAAUUUUUAAAUGUGACUAUGUUCCGUGUAAAAGCAAACUUUUCUAUCGUCUUUACGCAAAGUUUUUAGGGUGUUUAAACAAACGUUUUUGUUGUGUCAACAGGUCAUUUUUGAUGUUUAAUAUUUCUACUCUUAUUUUGAUGCGUGAAAAUAUUUCGGUUUUAGUUUAACUGCUGACAAUUUGAGGUCCAUAAAUAAUUUAAAAUCACUAAUUACAUAUCGCUGUUAUUUAAUUGCUUUUUUAUCUCACAUCUUUUGUGGUAUACUUAUAUUUAUAUUCUAUCCAGUUUUGUAUGGUGUAUAACUUAGGCUUCAUAUAAUUAAAUUUUUAUAUACAACUUUAAGGUCACUGCGCACACACUGUAUAUUACAGCACAUUUCAUCACUUAUAUCUUAUAUAAGUUCUAAUACUGAAUUUUAAAGAUGUUGCCAAAUAAAAUGCAUUUCUUGAAAAGGGUAUACACUUUUUCAUGCUUCAACCAUAAUGUCCAAUAUGCACAUAUGUGGAUGAAGGAGCAAUUCAAGUCACGGUUAGAAUAACAAAGGACAUUAGAAAGACCUGUGUACUGACUCAGAAAGCAGAGAUGAACAGCCCAUAAAAGGACAACCUUUCCCUGCAUUGUUUUAAUAACUUUGAGCUUCUUGCAUUGAACAGAAUAUAGGAAUAAAUAGAGUGUGCGGUUUUCAUUGUUAUUACUUGUAUGAUAUCAUAUUGAAUAUACACAGUGGUGUUUAAGAGUUUUUAAUUAUGAGCCAUUUAACUUGUACAAUUAUCUGCAGAGAAAUCCUCCAGGUCCUGCAUAGUCUGAUUUUCAGCAUAUUCUGCAUGUCUGACCUCUGUACAUUAGUCACUCUGAUAUUGAGAUGAUCUUUACAUACUGAAAUAUAAUAGUUGAGUAUGAGUGAUUGUGGUAAGUCUGUAAGGAUGAAUCUGACAUUGGUCAAACAUGCAGAAAAUGCAAAAAAAUCAAAGACCAGUGAACAGUUUAAUGGACCUGGACAAACAAGAAACUCUUAAAUAAAUUUCUCAAAACCGCACACACACUGGCAUUGAUUUUACAGGUUACUUUAUACAGUAUUAAGAAUCAGGUGUAUGUAAACUUUUGACCACCAUACAAUAUAUCUCUUCAUAGGCCUGUCUAUAUGUAAUGUGCAGGGCAAAUUUCAAAGUAACGUAUGAUAAUAUGAUGCUGUAUACUGCUUGACAUUGUUAAAAUCAUCCUCUGUGUGAUAAGAGGAAGCCAAAUCGAAUGCAGUCCGUAAAGGUUCUUUGGCACUUUAAUAAAAAUACUUCUAAGAGCAUUCAGACAGAGCUAUUCACCUUGCCACAUUUAGGAGAUAAAAAACGCAAAAGUUAAAUUCUGGGACAAAAAGAUGAGAUGACAGCCCAUGACAUAGGACUGACAUCACAACCAACGUAUCACUCAGAACUUAUACACUGUAAAAAAAGAUUUGUUGGUUCAACAUAAAAAAUAAGUUUCCUGGUUGCCUUAAAAUUUUGAGUUACUUCAACUUAAAUUUAUUACUUAACACAAUGAGACACACUCAUUGAUCCAACUAAUAGCUUUUUCAAACAACUAAAGAUUAUUUCUUACCUUAACACUGCGUUAAGUUGAUCCAACUAAUACAUUGUUCAAACAACUAAAGAUUUUGUGUUACCUAAACACUGUGUUAGUUGAUCCAACUAAUACAUUGUUCAAACAACUACUGAUUGUUUUUUACCUUAACACUGUGUUUAGUUGAUCCUAAUAGCUUUUUCAUACAACUAAAGAUUAUUUGUUACCUUAACACUGUGUUUAGUUGAUCAAACUAAUACAUUGUUCAAACAACUAAAGAUUAAUUGUUACCCUAAACACUACGUUUAGUUUUCAUAACUAAAAAUAUUUAGUUAUUGCAACGAUCUACAAAAUUGACCUGGUUGACUCAAAAUGUUGAGUUAAGUCAACAAAUAAUUAAAAUCUGACAUAACAAAAGCAUAGUUAUUCUGACAUGACUGAUGUAUACAAUACAACACAAAGGCAUAACAAUGUAAAACAAAUCAACAUUUAUUUUAACAUUUAAAUAAAAUCAUAUUUUCAUAUCUAUAAUCAUAUAGAAAGGAAUAUAUUUAAACAUUUUAAAGUGU